GUUUUCUACGAGUGAAAUAGUCAACGAGGCGCCUUGUUACUCAGAGAACACAAGCUAUUCGUCUGAUUAUUGUUAGAUAGUUCUCGUUUCAUUGUAAGCUUUGCUCCACUGAGGUUUCAUUUGCUAAAAAGAAAUGUUAAAUCUCCUCUUUAGGUCAAGGCAGGUAUCGUCGUCAAAAUCAGCAGCAUUUUGACAGACAAGACAGGCCUGAAAAACAGGACAGAGGGGAUCGGUACAAUUGGCAAGAGAGAUAUGGACGGCAGUAUGACAGAUCUUACCAGCAACAGCAAUCACAAGCAUCUUACUGAUAUAAAAACACCAGUCAAUAAACCUUGGGAACUCCUGGAAUGUUUGUCUUAGACACGACUGUGCUUUGCGAUAACUGUAGGAAGCCUUAAGUAUCACAAUCUGUAAAUCUAUGAUGCCAAGCCUAUUGAGUAUUUAGCAAAAGCGUUAGGGCCAUCACACACCGUCACGCUCCUUGGUGGGAACUGCGAAGGAGUGUUGCGUGAUGACCCUAAUGACGGCUGCGAAGCUACAUUGUAGAAGGAGACUAUAUGCUUGCCUGCGUGACAGUACCGAGGGAAUGCUUGGUGUAACAUCACACCCCUUUAGGUUUCCUGAGCAACACCGAGUUUGAGGGUACAUUGGUCUGCCGGCUUGCGUGACAACCUGUCAUACUGCGCCAUGACUACAUCCUGGCCUACAUGCAGACGCUCUUAGGGCUUCGUCACGCGUUCCUUCCCGAUUGCGUGACGAGCCAAAAGAGAGUCUGUCACGAGGCUAAAAUUUUCCCCCAUUUUAAAAUUUCUGGUCGGGAUUAAAGAAUCUAGAGAUUUGAAAUGCCUUCACAGUCUGUUCGAAUAUUGCCGCCCCUACAUUAGCCAGCGAAAGCGUAACCACGGCCUCUUAAAGGGACUGGUUCACGGUGACUGUUUUGUUAGCGUGGGUACGACCUCGUAAAAAUACACGUUGGUAAAUGUUUGUUUCAAAGCAGGACAGGGCUGUAAAUCUUAUUCUUAUCGUCAACAUAUAUCUGUUCCAAAGAAUAAAAUUGAAAUAUGGGGAUAAAUAAAAUCAAACCAAAUGCCCGGAAAUACUCUCGCGUCGCGAACAAUUAAUUUGAAUUUUGUAAAUUUACUUGCGUGCAUCUAACUCGCUUCCGAUUGGUUGAAAAACAAUCAGCUACUGUCAGAACUCACACAUGCGCAUUAUCGUGAACCAGUCCCUUUAAGAUCUCUGAAGAAGAUGAUAGGGAGAAGAUAGAGGAACCUUUUGAGACAAAUGCCCGGGGGAUGUACCCUGGAUACCAGAGGUUUUGCCUUGCAUACGGCGAUUGAGUAGAAGGAACUGACAUGCGUUUCAAUCCGGGAUUUUUUUACGGUAAAGACAGAAAGCACUCAGUGAACGAGCGACAAGUGAAACGAGCUUUAGACAAGAGGCUUGCUAAGUGAUCAAUUUUUCCUGUCUUUUAGGUGAUAACAUAGGACUCGUAACUGCACACGAGAAUAUUGUUUUUGUUCCCCUACCAUAAUUUUUAUCUGAAAUGACCCACCCCUUCCCCUCAAAAAAUCAUGUCCCUGUUUGUUCAAAGUUGGAUAGCGCUAUCCACCAGAUAAAUCGCUAUCCAAUGGAUAAGUAUUACGAAAACUAAUUGCGUUAUCACCUAGAUACUGAUUUAUCCAGUUAAUAGCGCUACCCACCUUUUGAAUAACUGGGGCCAGAUGAUUAACAUCAGCGCAGGGGAGGGGGAACGGCAAACCUGAUCUGUCCGCCAUUUUGUCUUUUAUUUUGCUGCACACACGACUGAGACGAGGCGCCUCCAUUAUUUUUAUUGGGCGGGCAGCCCAAUAAAAAUUUACUCUCCGAGUCUGUAUUCUGACAUGUAAGGCGUCUACCCUAACAAAGAUUGAUUAAAAAUGAAGGUCUUUCUCAAGUUUCCCAGUAUUAUACCUCUCUGCAAACAAUGAAAUUCGAAUACCG